CUCUCUCUCUCUCUCUCUCUCUCUCUCUCUCUCUCUCUCUCUCCUAUAUACUUUUCUUCUCUCUCCCUCCUGUCCUUCACUCCAAUUAUUUCCUCAAACAGCACCCCCAAACAAAACCGGUCUGGUUUUUGGUUUCAACUCUGCUUGAACAACAACCUCCACCCCUUUCUCUCUCAAGUACUCACCGUUAAUAUGUUCAUCACUCCUUUCUCUCCAGUUGCUCGUCUCACUCCCCGAGCUUUUCUGCCUUCUUCUCAUGAGCCCAUGUUUCGCUUUCUCAGUUUCGUGGUUUUGUAGAUUGGUGGUUUUGCAGGAUGGAUUUUGGAGUGGUAGGUUUGGAUAGUUUUAUGGGUUCUGAAAGUGGUUUGGCUUCUCUGGUUUCAGAGUCUGAGGCUAAGCAAAAGGGGUACGGAUCUGGAUUUCUUAAGCAAGAGAGAUCUGGGACUGCUGAAGAUGAUUGGAGGAGCUUUAAAAUGCCAAGAACUGAUGAUUUAUCGGCCUCGAAAACAAUGCUGCUUCAGCAGAGGACUCCUUCCUUACUAAGAUCUAAUUCCCUGUUCGCUGAUCAGCCCCAGCAGCAGAUGCUGAGUUUUUCUUCUCCAAAAUCAGAAGGACUGUUACUCAGCAACGAUAGUGUUUUAGCGGAGAGGAACUUGCAAAACGCUAUGCUGCCUUACUAUCACCACCCAUCGUCUUCAUACGCAAGGAGUACAGGUUUGAGUUCUGGAAGCUUGAACGCAAGCAUGCAUGGGGUUUUAACAGGGGUUAGAGGACCAUUCACUCCAUCUCAGUGGAUGGAGCUGGAACACCAGGCGUUGAUCUACAAGUACAUCACUGCAAAUGCGCCAAUACCAUCUAAUCUUCUUAUCCCCCUCAGGAAAGCCCUCAACCCAUCUGGGUUUUCCGGCUUGUCUGCCGGAUCCCUUAGACCCAGUACACUAGGAUGGGGUUCUUUCCAUCUAGGUUUCUCCGGCAACACUGAUCCUGAGCCCGGGAGGUGUCGUCGUACCGAUGGGAAGAAAUGGCGGUGCUCAAGAGAUGCAGUUGCCGACCAGAAAUACUGUGAGCGGCACAUGAACAGGGGCCGCCAUCGUUCAAGAAAGCCUGUGGAAGGCCAGACUGGCCAUGCCGUUCCGGGACCCACUACCACAAAGGUAAUGCCAUCUGCGUCCGCAUCGGUGGUGUCUAGUAGCGGUGCAUCCAACAGCGUCGCCAUCACACAGCACCAGAUGAAGAGCUUGAAUACUGGUGCUGUUAGUCCUUCUACAACUACUCACAUCAACAGCAGGAUUUUGCUGAACAAAGAGAAGUUUGGUGACCAAGUCCAAGAUUCCCAGGGCAUGUCCGUGCUAUCUCCCUCGAUGAACCCGAAAGCUAAGGAUUUCUCCGUUCCAAAACAACAAAUCCCAUUUGAGGAUUCCUCUCGUAUGGAGUUUGGACUUGUCUCCUCAGAUUCCCUUCUCAACCCUUCACAACGGAGCUCAUAUAUGAAUUGCAGAAACUUUAGUUCAUCUCCUGAACUCAAUGACAGAGAACAACAACAACCACAACAUCCCCUUCGGCAUUUUAUUGAUGAUUGGCCCAAGAACCGCUCUGAUCGCUCUGGCAUUGCCUGGCCUGAGGUGGAAGAGAUCCAUUCGGAUCGGACACAGCUCUCUAUUUCAAUCCCUGUGGCUUCCUCCGAGUUCUCUUCAUCCUCGUCUUCACCCACCCAUGAGAAACUCACUCUCUCGCCACUAAGGUUAUCACGCGAGUUUGACCCAAUCCAGAUGGGUUUGGGGGUGGGUAGCAUCCUCAAUGAACCAACACAAAGGCAGACAAAUUGGAUACCCAUAUCAUGGGAGACUUCCAUGGGUGGACCUCUAGGGGAGGUCUUGAACAAUACCAAUAAUUCGACUGGCGACUGCAAGAACUCAUCAGCCCUUAAUCUGAUGACGGAAGGGUGGGAUGGCAGCCCAAGACUGGGAUCAUCACCAAUCGGAGUCCUACAAAAAGCAACCUUCGGAUCACUUUCCAACAGCAGCUCAGGGAGCAGCCCAAGAGUGGAGAACAAGACCCAUGAUGGGUCUAGCCUCUGUGAUGAUCUCCUGGGUUCAGCUUUUGUAAAUUCCUCCUCCAUCCCUUCAUUGUAAGCAUUUGACACCAGUAGGUUGGGCGAUGGAAAAAAGAAGUGAUGUAGCUGCUGAUAGACUGAACAAUUUAUCUAGGGAGUUUUGCUUGGCAUGUUAAUUUCAUUAAUUUCUUUUCCAUGUGAUCUUUUUUUCUUUUAAUUUUUGGUGUAUUGCAAAGCAGGAUCUUCGGUUAAAUCUGAAGAACUGCGGAAUUAGCCAUUUUGGUUCUGAUGGGUUAUCUAUCGUUUAAGAUUGUAAGCUAUAUAUGUUCUGCUUUCAGAA